AUGACUAGUUUAGAUGAUACUGUUUUGACCAAGAAGAAUGUAGCACUUCUGGACAACGCUACGAACUACAUCCGCCCUGCCGUGGAUUACUUCCACUUUGCAUUUGAUUAUGAUAAUUUAGACGUCCCCACGACAUGGCGGUUGUUGUUAAAAACGCGCAAGCAUAAACUUCUGCGGUUACCAAGUUGCUCUUCUGAAAACGAGUUUGACUACAGCAUAUACAUGGCUAGAUUGCAUCACUGCAUGUGGAGACGCUGGUCCGUAUACCAUUUUAAACUAGACGGUUGCAAAAUCAAUCCGCUAAGUAUAAACUGGAACAAAGAGAUAGACGUUACUCUUCUUUACGGCCCCGAUCUGACCGGAAUUCAUGAAAGGGGACAAUCUACUCCAAAGAACGAUGGCGUACAGAAUACAAAAGAACAGGAAAAGCAGUUGCGUGAUGCUGUAAAAGAUGAGAGCUGUUCCUCACCACCGCUCAAAGACGACAGGCUUUUCCGAGACGGUAAACCAUCCUACCAUCAGUCAAUAUCUUUCGAUGACACCGUUCGUAGGCGAGACAUUGACAAACGUGGGAGGUUCCACGAGUCUUGUGUUCUGAUAAACGAUAUAAACCAAUUGCAAGAUUAUUCCAUUGUUUGGGACGAGAGAAGACAUCGCUACCGUCGACAACCUUUUUCAGACUCUUACGAUUACGGCCAUGUCAAUUCUAAAAGCAACGGAACUCCUUGCAACACGUCUCAUGAUAACUUGAUAAUUCACCAAAACCUGCAUAGCAUUACGGAAGGCUCUUACAUCUAUAUAAAGUGA